AUUAGGGCUGCCGCGCGAGAACGGCAGCGGAAGCAUCGUGCUCUCGUCAAAGCCCGCAAGCUGCGCGAGCUUGGACUCGACAUGGGGAACGAGAUCAUGCCCGGCGUGGACGAGGUGGCGUACAGGAUCAACGCACAAGGCGAGUACCAGAUCCUCCCGCACGAGAUGGCCCCGCAUCCCCAUCAGCAACCACACCCGAUGCACGAGCCACCGUUCCCUCAGGGCCAGCCGCUUGGCGGGCAGACCUUCGCAAGCACGCUGCUACUUUCGUUCUCUUGCGCGCCGCUCCUGAAGCAGCACCUGCUGAGGACGCUGUCGAUGACGAACGAGGAGCUGGCGUCGCUCGAACCGAUCAUUGCGCAAGCCUGGGAUCACUGGGAUCAGCAGCGACGAAUGCACUACGCGCAAGCGCACGCCCAGAAAGCCCCAGACGGAUCCGCCCUCGCCGACCCCAACACUGCCUACGCCCAAAUGGGCGAACACGUCCCCGGCCACCCUUACGUCCAUGACCCUGCGCAAGCAAACGACUUCCGCGCCCGCUUUCACCGCCCCCUCGUCGCGCCCUCACCCUUCCGCUCCGCGAUCGUCGCGGGCGCAUCUGGCCCCGGUCCCGGGCAAGACGACUCUGGGGCGCCCUCACAGCAACAGCAGCAGUCUGUGUCAGCUCCCCCCGGGGUGCCCUCGGGCGCGCAUCCACCCCAACAGCCGCCCCCUCCUGGAACGGCCCCAAAUGGGAUUGAUGGCGCGCUCGCCGGAGCGGGUGAGCAGCGCCCAAUCUCGAAUCCUCCUCCGGCGAUUGACCCCCAGUUGGGACAGGCUAGGGACGAGGCGGCCGGCGUGGCGGGGAAGCUCGAACGGUCGUGA